AUGUCCGCUGCGAAGCCAAUCCUCAUCUCCGGAGCGGGCCUGGCCUCGCUACUCCUGGCCCAGUCCCUACGUCUGUCGCAAAUCCCCUUCAUUAUCUUUGAGCGCGACGCAUCCUUCAUCUUCCGCGCACAAGGAUACCGACUACGUCUUUCAAACGAGGGACUGGACGCAGUUGAAUCGGUCCUCGACCCCGAAACAUGGCAGCACUUCUGGGCCAAAUGUGGCAAGACCGCCGGGAGCGGGUUCAUCGCGUACGACGCUGUGACGGGGAAUGAAACUGAACAUGUCGUGGCUGAGGAUUUGACCUCACGGGGGGGCAAGAUCGUCGGCAUAGCCCGAGGAGACAUGCGGAAGAUCUUUGCCGAGGGCUGCGAAGAACAUAUCAAAUGGUCCCACCACGUCACGGGCUACGAGCUGACCGACGACGGCGUCCGGGCAGUGUUCGCCGACGGCACCAAGUCAGAGGAGGGAUCAAUGCUCGUGGCCGGCGACGGUAUCUAUUCCAAGGUCGCGAAGCAGGUAUCGGGCGGAAAGCUCAAGACAUAUGACACAGGCGCAAGAGCCGUUCACAGCCAGGCUCCUACCUCAGCUUUCAAAGGAUUUGGUGAAGGUGUUUUUCGGCUACAAGACCGCACUCGCCCCGAGGGUGCUGUUUUCUUGAUCACCAACGUACGCUCAGGAGACAAGGACGACCCCAACAUCGAGCUCGGCUGGACUAUGGGCGGCCAACCGGGUGCGAUCUGCGCCCCUAACAACGAUUAUAGCAUCCUCGGUAAGGGAGCCGCCGAGAUCGCCAAGUCCAUUGGAGCGAAGUGGCACCCAGUCUUCCAACCUUUGUUCGACCAAAUGAACGAGACAGAAUCAGCUUUCUGGAAGAUAACUUGCUCAACACCUUCGGGCGUUCCAGAAUGGCUCAAUGAGCCUCGCGUAACGGUCAUUGGUGAUGCGGCCCAUUCUAUGACCCCCGCAGGUGGUAUCGGCGCCAACAUUGCCGUAAGGGACUCUGCUCUCCUUGGAAGGUUGCUCCGUGAGGCUGGUGGCUAUGGGGAGGACGUUACGGCUGCCUACGAAAAAGAGAUGAGAGUAUAUGCGAGCGAGGCUGUCCACCUCAGCUACUCCUUGGCCUCCAGUGGGCUCGGGGUUAAGAUCGACGAGAUGAUUACUCCAACAGUGUAA